AUUCUGGGUUUAAAUUACCGCGUUACUGACAAUUGUACCGAGUAAAUAUUACCAUUUUCUUUCCCUGUAAUGCCUUACAUUACCACAUUACAGCAAAAAGCAAUGCAUUACAGUAGUUAAUUACUUUUGUACCGCGUUACUCCCAACACUGUUUAUUGAUGAUUUAAUUGUAGACAACAAAAAUGGCAUUUUACUUGCUAAAAAGUGAUUGAAUCGCUCAAUGUUUCAUGGAGGUUAAAAUUGACCAAAUAAGGGUUUUAUGUAUUAUCUGUUGAUGUUAUUGUACUCGUACUGUCUACUGUAUCAUCAUAAACACCCCAAAAAUGGCAAAAAAUGAUAAUUUCUCUUGCCAAAAAUUGAUUACAGUGUCCUGGUCACCUGUAAUGGGUUAAAUUGAAAUGUAGCGUGGGCAGAUCUACAUACUAGGAUUUAACACUGUUUGCUAUCAGUUUGGUUAGAUCCUGAGAAAAGGGUAUGAACUUAUAUUAUGCAUAAAUAUCUAGGAUAUAUUAAUACAAUCGAUAGAAGUUCAUACACUAACUGUCUUGGUCUAUAUUUUAAUCCAAAGAUUGAUUUUUAAUUUAAGAUAAUUAAAUUUAAUAGCAAAAGUUAUUUAUUAAACAGAAGACUUAAUGGAUUCUUUGCUUAUUCAAUAACCAAAUUUACACCUUUCUGUGUUUCAAUUCAAAGAAGAGUCAGGUUUAAAAAGUUAAGAAUUUAUUACUAACAAUUUUAACAAUGACAAUUUGAAAUGACAAUUUAAAAAAUAACAAUUUGUAACAGCUUUGAUAUUAAACUUGUUAUUAAAAGCAAACCUGUGUCUGGAUGGAAAACUAAAAUGAAAUGCGAGGUUUGGAUGCGUGGAUGAUCUCAGAAGAUUUCUUUCAGAGAGAGAAACGCGUUCUGGGUGAAAACUUGUUUUUGCAGCUAACUGAAUUGUUUCUUAGAGAGAACAGCAUCAGACGUCAUCUGUCGGACAGUGUCUACCUCACCCAGUUCAGGAGACCCUCUGUGGAUCCGAGAUGUCAGGUGGAAAGGGUUUCCUCUGAGCACGAGGUGUUCAACAGAUGGUGCAGGUUAAAGAAGAUCCUGAAGAACAGAGUGCUGGUGUGGAACAGCAGGACCCAGAACACCUCCACAUAAAGGAGGAAAAGGAGGAAAUCUGGACCAGUCUUAAGGGAGAGCAUCUCCAUUUGAAGGAGGAGACUGAUUCUGCCUGGUUUCAGUUCAGUGCUGUUUCUAUAAAGAGUGAGGAUGAUGAAGAGAAACCUGUGGUCUCACAGCUUCAUCAGCAGCAAAUAGAAGACAAAGAUGUUCCAACCAGCAGCUCUUCUGACCAGAUGACAGCGGAAACUGGUGGAGGAGCAGGAACUAGCAGGAACCCAGAUCUGAACCCUCAUGAACAAACAUCUGAUUCUUCAGAGACUGAAGUUAGUGGAGAUGAUGAUAUGAAUCUAGACUCUGGGAUGUCAGACUCUGGGUCUGAAACUGGAGACGAAGGCCAUGACUGGAAUGAGAAAAGGUCUUCUGAGUCAGAUGUUAAGACUGUCAACAUAUCCUUUAGCUGCCUUGAGUGCGGUGAACGAUUUAAUGACAAGCAGUCUCUCCAGAAACACGUGAGAAUAACCACCCAUUCCAGCUCUUUGGGUAAUAAGAAAUCGGUUGGACUUAAGCAACCUGUAGACUCAUAUAGGGAAGUCCAGAAAGAACUAAAAUCAUUUAGUUGUGGUGACUGUGGAAAAAUAUUUAGUACAAAAUCAAGUUUUAACAGACACCAGAGAAUCCACACAGGACAGAAACCAUUUGCUUGUGAGUUCUGUGGACAAAGAUUUAAACAUAAGUCAACUUUCAACUGUCACAUGAGAGUCCACACAGGUCAGAAGCCUUUUGUCUGUGAGCUCUGUGGAAAAAAAUUCACCCAAAAGUCGAAUUUAAACAAACACACGAGAGUCCACACAGGACAAAAACCAUUUGUCUGUGAGCUCUGUGGAAAAAGAUUUACCCGUAAGUUGAAUUUAAACGAUCACACGAGAGUCCACACAGGACAUAAACCAUUUGUCUGUGAGCUCUGUGGAAAAAGAUUUACCCAAAAGGCAAAUUUAAACACUCACAUAAGAGUCCACACAGGACAAAAACCAUUUGUCUGUGAGCUCUGUGGACAAAGAUUUAGCCACGAAUCAACUUUAAAUAGUCACAUUAGAGUCCACACAGGUCAGAAGCCUUUAGUUUGUGAGCUCUGUGGAAAAAGAUUUACCAAUAAGUCGAAUUUUAAGGAUCACAUGAGAAUCCACACAGGACAUAAACCAUUAUUCAAUCACAUGAAAGUCCACACAGGACAUAAACCAUUUGUCUGUGAGUCCUGUGGACAAAGAUUUAAACAUAAGUCAACUUUCAACUGUCACAUGAGAGUCCACACAGGUCAGAAGCCUUUUGUCUGUGAGCUCUGUGGAAAAAGAUUUACCCAAAAGUCGAAUUUAAACACUCACAUAAGAGUCCACACAGGACAUAAACCAUUUGUCUGUGAGCUAUGUGGAAAAAGAUUUACCCUAAAGUCAAAUUUAAACACUCACAUAAGACUCCACACAGGACAUAAACCAUUUGUGAGCUCUGUGGACAAAGAUUUAGCCAUGAAUCAACUUUAAAUAGUCACAUGAGUGUCCACACAGGAUAGAAACCUUCUGUUUGUGAUCUCUGUGGACAAAUUUAAAUUGACUGUGUGUAUUUUCCCUGGCAAUAGGGGGCAGUGCAUACAUAAAUGAUUGCAAACAAGUAAUAUUUUUGUGUUUGAGUAAGACUUUACCAAUGUAUGGCUAUUAGGGUCAAAAACCUCUGCACUAUUCAAACAUGUCUUGUCAGUUGACAGCAACAGAUUCCAAAUGCAAAUGGCACACUUGAAAUGAACUCUAGACCUUUUAUCUGCUAAUUGUAAUUGGGAUAAUGAGGGAAUAACACACACCUGGCCAUGGAACAGCUGAGAAGCCAAUUGUCCCAUUACAUUUGGUCCCCUAACAAGUGGGAAGCACAUAUGCUAACUGUUGUAAUUCCUACACCGUUCACCUGAUUUGGAUGUAAAUACCCUCAAAUAAAAGCUGACAGUCUGCAGUUAAUGCA